AUGUUCCACAACAGCGCUGAACAAUACCAAAAGAUCAGUGGUGGAUCUCCAAUCUAUAUCCGAAUCGAUGAGUUUAAUUCUGGCUCAUUCAAGAUUGAAUCAAAGAACACAAUUGUUGCUACAUGUGGUCCAAGAUCUUGCUUCCGCGACUAUCCACAUGAAUUCUCAGCUUCACAAAACAAGCCAGCUCAAGCAUGGGGAUUUAAGUUUAUCAAUGCUAACAACUCCUCAUUCACAAUUGCUCUCUACAAGAAGCGCCGCUUUUUCGCCGAUGAUCUUAUUGGCGAAAUCGACUUAAAGGUAAGUGACUUUGAAUUAAACAAGGUUGUCCAAAAGGAACUUACUCUUAAAUGCUGGCAUGAUGAGCAGGUACCAGCCAAAAUUAAAAUCACAGUUCAUGUCGAUGAUGCAGGCGCUCCAGCCUUCCAUCCAUUUAAGGCUGCUCCUCAAGCUUCUUCAGCUAAGGCUCAGAUGAUGUCCCUUGUAUCUCAUUAA